CCCUCUUCCGGACCGCCUAGAAGCGCUGUCUCGAGUCUAUCGGAAAGACGGGGACGCUCGGCAGAAAGAAGCGGAAGAAGCCGAAACCCUGCCGAGAGACCCGGCAGCACCGGUCGUCGACCGAUACGACGCCGAGAUGAGACGGCUGCUGGAGGGACCUCUGAUCAGCGAGGAGGAGAUGGGACGAAGAGACGCGGAAUUCCGCAGGCGAGCGAGAGUCACUCUCGCGGAGAUCGGAUCGCGAUGGCCGCAACUUUCCGGCGAUUUCCAGAAAGAGUUGGAAAACAACAUGCAAGCUCGGUACGAAAUCUAUCGGAAGGAAAGGCUUGCACGACAGAGUAGAGCAGAAUCGCAGCUGAGGAACGCCUUAGAGGCGGCCGUCGAACGAUACGACGCGCAGACGAACCGAUCGCUCGUUGCGGCCUCCAUCGGCGAGCGGGAAUCGGGAGCGACCGAUGCGGAUUUUCGCAGGGAAGCGCUUGGAACUUUUUCCAACAUUGCGGCUUGCUACCCGAAUAUUUCCAAGAAAUUCGAGGAUGAGUUGAAAACGGUAGUCUUUCGAUCCUCCCGAUUCCUUCGAUCCGCGGGAAAUUUUUUACGGUUUCGGCUCGUCAUCUCUAAUGCACACGAGUGCCAUGAAAACGACAAAUGAUAUUUUCUG